GACAAGAAAGAGAAACUGCUGCAUUUAUGAGCAUAGCCAAUCACUAGGGAUCCUGACCCACAAGCAUAUCAUCAAAGUGACGUAAGUGCAUGUGGCCUUCUUAGUUGUUCAUAGACAUCUGUUGGGCAGCCCAAAGGCUACUAUGCACUAUAAACUGAGAGCCAUGAGCUGCGGGGAUACAACGAGGAGCAGGUUUCUUUUGUACAGGACUCUCCCUCUGGUAAUGGGACUUCUGGCAAUCCUGGCUCAUGGCUCCGUGUCAGAACAGCAAGACACACUGGUGGACAUGAUAUCGGUGGAACUAGAAGCCUCUAUGCAGUCCUCUGUGCUCUCAGAGUUCCACACUGCAGCAGAAUCUGUAGGUGAAGGGCCGACAACAGCUAUCCCAAAUGCUUCUGCAAAAAGUGAUGGCGUGCACACAAACAUACCUGAUUCUUCAGCAGUUGUGGGCCAGGUGUUCCAAUUGAAGGUUCCACUAGGAUCUGCUCAUGACAGCUGCAACAUCUAUCUCACUGAGAUGGGAAAAAAGACUUUACCCUCCUGGCUAUAUUGGGACAAAAAAAGCUGCACUCUGAGAGGUUUGGCUCUGGAGCAAGAUAAAGGUGUUUAUCAUAUCUUGGUGUCAGAAGAAGAGGUGACCAGAAAGGAAAACAGUCAAGGGUACACCAGUACAGUCUUUACUAUUGAAGUAUACCCAGAAGAUCGGGCAGACAAUGAGCCAGCUCUGCUCACUCUACAGUCUGAAGUCACUGGCCUUCAACCUUUCACUUGUGGCUCUGAGGAGCUGGUCACUAUCCUCACUGUCAUACUGGAUGCUGAUUUGACAAAGAUGGUUGCUGACCAGAGGGUCAGUUUAAUGGAGGCUAUGAAAAAAUUCUCUCAUGUACCCCUACAACACAUGAGAGUGGUUCCUGUUGUCAACAACCGCUUAUUUGACAUGUCUGCUUUCAUGGCUGGACCAGGAAAUGCUAAGAAAGUUGUUGAGAAUGGGGCCCUGCUGUCAUGGAAAGUUGGCUGUGCCCUCGAUCAGAAUAGCAUUCCUGACAUUAGCAGUGUCCAGUCUUCAGCAAAAGAUGGGACAAUGUCAGCCAGGCUGGGUUACCCUGUGGUUGGCUGGCAUAUUGUUAACAAAAAGCCCCAUGGAGUGAAGAGAGUCAGGAGACAGUUGAACAAUACUCCUACUCCAGUGCCAUCUCUGCUUCCUCCAUCUAUUCACCAAGAGCCCAAUUCACGUGUUGUUCCUACCCCAACUUCACCCUCUAUAGCCCCAGCAACAGACAACUCUGCUCCCCCCGUCCGAGGCCCUUUGCCUCUACCAGUGAAGCCUACUAUGAGGAUCAAAGAUCAAAUAGCUCAUACACCUGUUCUUGAACCUCCACAACCUACCAGGGUACUAGGAACUACAAGUACCAUUCCUAUUCAGCCUAGCAUGACUCGGUCUACAAUUCUAGAGCCCACUGCCUUGCCAACACCACCAAGCGCAACCAAAAGACCUAAACCAUCUGCCACUAGGAAACCUAAGAAACCCAAAAGCUCCACCCCAUCUCCCCGAGAACCAAAGUCCACCACCCCUAAACCACCCCGGCGUACAACCCCUCUUUCUCUAAUCCCAGAUUUCAAUCAAAUCCCAGAGAUCCGCAACCCCAUUGAUCAGGUGACAGCAUGGGUUGGUACAUACUUUGAGGUCAAAAUUGCUUCAGAUGCAUUCUAUGACAGAGAGGACGGUACCACUGACAAGCUGCGUUUGACUCUGAAGAAGACCCCCAAAGAAACCGUGAAUGAAACUUCAUGGAUACAAUUCAACAGCACUAUCCAACUUUUGUACGGCCUUCCAGAGGAGAAACAUGAGGGGAAUCAUGAGUAUUUUAUGUUGGCCACUGAUAAGGGUGGAAAGAGCAUCAUGGAUGCAUUUGAAGUUCAAGUCAACCGCUGGUCUAACAAUGACAAACCAUCAGUUGUGUUUGCUGCUCGUUUUUAUGGUGAUCCAAAAACUUUAAGCAAUGAUGUCCAUGGAAAGAUUCGUUUGACUAAAAAGUUGGCUUAUGCGCUCGGUGAUCGAAACAGCAGCACAGUGACUCUGAGGAGCAUAACUAAAGGAUCCAUUGUGGUGGAAUGGACCAACAACAGUCUCCAGCAGAGCCCUUGUCCUAAAGAUCAAAUCAGAGUUCUUAGCGAAAGGAUCUCAGAUCCUCAUGGAACACCUAAACCGGCUUUUGUUAAAGCCAUGGAGCCUGAGUUCAAACCAAUUAACAUUUCUGUUCGUGGCAUUAAUAAAUGCCAGAGCUACUCAUUCAUUCCACCAGGGGAGGUGCCAAUGCCUGUUCUUCCUUCAGCCACACCAUCCCCUGGCACAGGUCGUAGGACCAAUGACGACGUUUACCUGCACACAGUCAUUCCUGCCGUAGUGGUAGCAGCACUGCUUCUCAUAGCUGGGAUCAUUGCCAUGGUCUGCUACCGCAAGAAACGCAAAGGAAAGAUGACCAUUGAAGAGCAGGCCACUUUCAUCAAAAAGGGAGUUCCUAUAAUAUUUGCUGAUGAGUUAGAUGAUUCCAAGUCACCUCCAUCCUCCAGCAUUCCUCUUAUCCUUCAGGAAGAAAAGCCUCCACUUCCUCCUCCAGAGUACCCCAACAUGGCUGGCCCACACAGUACCCUACUCAGCCAGGAUUUGAUGGAGGAGUUUUCAGUUUACCAAGAUGAUGAUCCAAAUGCUCCACCUUACCAGCCCCCACCACCUUUUACUGUUCCCAUUGAAGGGAAAGGCUCACGGCCCAAAAAUAUGACCUCAUACAGGUCACCACCUCCCUAUGUGCCUCCCUAACCCACACCUGGGAUUCUAGGUGGGGAAAGCAGGUGUACUGUGGGGGUGCUUCUAAAAACUACUACAGGAAUAAUUUUACUUCUGAUCAAUGAAAUGGCUUUGACUUUAUAGAGGAGCAAGCACCAUAUAUAGUUGCCGAUCAUGGACAGCACUCUGUAACGUACGAUCAUAAAACAGUCGCAGGUAAUUUCA